AUGAUAGAUAAACCCUAAAGCGAUCUCAAAACCUCCUGUUUCGCUCGUCGGUCGGUAAUAUCCGGAAAGAUGGGCCACGGCAAGCAAAGACGAUCAAGAGGCGGACAUUCGCAUAAAGGCCAAACGAGUCGGAGUCAUCGGUCCGAAAGGGAAGGUGAAUCGCUUCCACAUGAUCAAGAACCUGAGGGUGAAACCACGGGUCCGAAAGUUCAGCUGGCAAUGUGGGAUUUUGGUCAAUGUGAUGCUAAGAGGUGCACGGGUCGAAAGCUUUCGAGAUUCGGCUUGCUGAGAGAAUUGCGGGUGAAUAGCGGCUUUGGGGGUGUUGUUUUGAGUCCUGUUGGUACACAAUGUGUUUCAAAGGAAGACUAUGGUCUUAUUGAGAGGAAAGGGUUGGCCGUCGUUGAUUGUUCAUGGGCUCGCUUAGAUGAUGUUCCAUUUGUGAAGUUGCGCUCUGCUGCUCCUAGACUCUUGCCGUGGUUGGUAGCAGCUAAUCCAGUAAAUUAUGGCCGGCCAUGCCAGCUAUCUUGUGUGGAGGCUUUAUCUGCAGCUUUAAUAAUAUGUGGGGAGGAGGAAACUGCGAAUCUGUUGCUCGGAAAGUUCAAAUGGGGUCACGCCUUCCUAUCCCUCAACAGGGAACUAUUGAAAGCAUACUCAAAAUGUGAGAAUAGCGCUGAAAUCAUAUCAUUCCAAAAUUCUUGGCUUUCCCAGCAAACUCGGGUCCCGGAUCCUCUUCCACGCGAACAAAAGGAUGUCAGCGAAAGCGGUGGUUCGGGCAGUGACUCCGAAGAAGAGGAUGACGGCCUUCCGCCUCUUGAAAGGAAUAUAAACCAUAUGUACUUGGAAGACAGUGAAGAUGAUAGCGAGUGAGAUGCUUUUUGGGCCUCUCUGGUUCAUCCCUAAAAUCUCUGCCACACUGAGAGGGGGUUGCUGGUCGAGCAAAAGGUUUGAUCUUUAAUUCCGUUUUGGCUUUAGAAUGUAAUUGCAAGACUGUGCAUGCGGAUUAUAAACCAAAUACGCUCGCGUUCUUGCAUUUUUUUUUCCACAUAAAAUGAAGGGUUCCCCCCCCCCC